AUGACCAUGCAUCAAGAAUAUAAGAUUUCUGGAGUCUCUGUGUUGUUUCCAUGCAAGCCAUACCCAUCUCAGUUCAGCAUGAUGGACAAGAUCAUUAGAGGGAUUCAGAGACGACAAAACUGCCUCAUUGAAAGUCCAACAGGAAGUGGUAAAAGUUUGGCUCUUCUGUGUUCGGCCUUAGCCUGGCAGUCGGCCGAAAAAGAUGUGUGCACAUGUGCUCAUGUUAAGGUCAGUGGGUCAUCUCCGGUCAAGGCCACUCCCGAGGCAAACUGUGUGGAAGGGAAGCAACUCUCAGAAAUGACUAGUAAGAAGUUGGAUAAUUAUGUAUCACUUUAUUUCGACGGAGAGUGGCUAUAUGCUCGCAUGCUAGCCCAAAUGUCUUGGGUUCAAAUUCGCAUUGGGUCAUCCAAACUUGAUGAAGAUGAUGAUGAUGAUUUUAAACCUGAGAAAACUGCACAUCUGCAGGUAAGCAGAACACGACAAGCACAAAGAAAGUCCAGGAAGCACAUAGUUGUGGUCUAUGACAGUGACGAGGAUCUGGCAGCAAGGACAAACAAAACCACACAAGAACCUGGUACGCCGCUCAAAGCCAAGCCAGAUCCAAACAUAUCACCCCAACCCACUUGUCUGUGUAACUGCACGGGAGGAGCUGAACGGAAACCCAAAGCCAAGAUUUCCAAGAUUUACUUUGGCACACGGACACACAAGCAGGUUGCUCAGAUUGUCCGUGAGCUGAGAAAAACAGGCUACCAUGGUGUCAGAAUGACGGUGCUGGGCAGUCGAGAACAUACAUGCAUACAUCCACAAGUUUCACGAACAAAGAACAAAAAUGAUGCGUGCAGGGAGCUUCUAAACGAUCAAGGCUGUCACUUCAAAGACAGCACCGGCAGACUGUCUUCACAGAAUGCUGUCAAGAGUUUAGGAUUGUCCACGGCUUGGGACCUCGAGGACCUGGUCACAUUCUGCAAGACCAAGAAGGCAUGUCCAUACUUUCUGUCCCGGGGGCUCAAGGAGGACUCAGACCUCAUCAUCUGCCCCUACAACUACCUGGUGGACCCGAUCGUCAGAGAUGCCAUGCAGAUCAACCUGAAGGGUCAUGUGGUGAUCCUGGACGAGGCCCACAACAUUGAGGACUCCGCCAGAGAGGCAGCUAGCCAGAGUUUGACACAGGACAGCAUCCUCAAGGCCAUCUGGGACAUUGAAUCAUUGAUGGAGGCAAACAUCAACUUGGCUGACCACUCCAAACUGAGAUCUAUGUUGAAGAAUCUAGACAUGUUUAUUGACGCUAACAAGUCAACGCUGGAACAGAAAGAGUACGACAGGUCUUACAAAAUCUGGACAGGAUUUCACAUUGUGGCUCAGCUGGAGACGCUCGGCCUGGGACCUCGUCAGUUCCCAGAGUACAAGGAGGCGCUAGCAUCUGUCAAGUCGGAGGCAGAGAUGGCAAAAGAGGCAGCGGCCCGAUCUGGCAGAAGCAAAGAACUGAUGGCGAUGAAACCAUCCACUCAAACGGUCCUGGAGCAGAUGUUUCAGAUAUUGGACUAUCUCUACAGACUGGAUCUAAAAUAUGACAAUCAGUGGCUGAACUCCAGAAAAUCUCAUGGAGGUAGAACUCAGGUACAGGUGGAUGUGUAUACUCUCAACUUCUGGUGUAUGAAUCCUGGAGUGGCAUUCUCUGAUUUCUCAGAGACACGCAGCAUUAUCCUGACCAGCGGAACACUGUCCCCCAUGUCCUCCUUCCAGUCAGAACUGGGUUUGGAGUUUAAAAUCCAGCUGGAGACAAACCACGUCAUCGAUGACUCCCAGGUCUGGGUGGGCACCCUGGGGCGAGGACCCUCCGGGUCGACUUUGCAAGCAGUGUUUAGAAAUCUGGAGACAUUUGCCUUCCAGGAUGAGCUUGGCAACUUGGUGCUGCAGGUCUGUCAGAUAGUUCCACAUGGAGUACUUUGUUUCCUGCCUUCAUAUAAUGUCUUGGACAAGCUGAUGCACAGAUGGGAGAGUACCGGCCUGAAGAGAAAGCUGGACCAGUGCAAAACAGUCAUCAGAGAACCCAGAAACUCGGACAAGCUCAAUUUUGAGGAUCAGCUUAAUCAGUUCUAUGAAGCCUUGACCCCACAAUGUGCUCACCUAUUCACAGAUGGCGCAAUAUUUUUUGCCGUGUGCCGCGGGAAAGUGAGUGAAGGUCUGGACUUUGCUGAUAACUUUGCUCGAGCUGUCAUUACUGUGGGCAUACCUUACCCCAACUUCAAGGAUGUCCAGGUAGAACUCAAGAGAAAGUACAACGACCAACACCGGCAGAGUCGAGGCCUGCUGUCAGGCAGCGAGUGGUACGAGAUCCAAGCCUUUAGGGCACUCAACCAGGCCCUGGGACGAUGUAUCAGGCACAAGCAUGACUGGGGAGCUUUGAUCAUUGUGGACGACCGCUUUGUCAGGACAGCAGAGAAAUAUUGUAAAGGUCUGUCCAAGUGGGUGAGAAACAAAGUCCACACUUACCAGGACUGUUCCGUUGCCAUGGAAUCCCUGUCAAAGUUCACUGCUGGCCAACUGGCGGUGCAGGAUAGCAGACUGAAAACCACAAGUGUUUCUGCAGCUACACAGAGCUUGUCUGUUGCAAGUAUCCCCACUCAGCCAGCAGCAUCCCUAGAUGCGUCGGCUUGUGUCUCAGUCAUUUCACUAGACAUUCAGACAGAUCCUGCAGACCAACCAGCAUCUUGUGUAACCGCUGGCAGCUGGCCAUCUGCUGGCACCACACCAGAUGGUUACAGUCAGAGAACUUCGCUAGCCAGAGCCAUACCAGUCGCUUCCAGUAAGAAGUUUUUGUUUAAGCGUUCACGGCCUGACAGUAAAACUACAACUGACUCAGUAUCUGAGGGUACAUCCGUGCCAUCCACAAAUGCAUCCAUGCUGGUGUACGAGGAUAAAUCCAUACUAGUAUUCCAGGAUACAUCCAUGCCAAGCAUAUCUUUACCAAUAUCCCAGGACUCAUCUGUACCACGUAUAUCUGUAUCUGAGGAUACUUCCUUACCAUCCACAAAUGCAUCCACACCUAUAUCCAAGAGUAAAUUAACAAACAAAUCCACCCCUUCAUCCAAGGAUAAAUUGCCAGAAAGUAUAUCCACACCCAUAUCCGAGAGUAAAUCCAUAUUACACUCACCUGUAUCCAAAAAUAAAUUACUGACAAAUAUAUGCACACCCGUUCACAAGAAUAAAUUUACAUCACCCACAUGGGGCAGCCCUAAUUCUAGUCCAUCACUGAGUAACAAAGCUGCUUGUGAACAGACUCCUGUUGUCUGCAAACGUGAGGAACAGCUGGACAGUGAGGACAGGCUGCAUGUUCGAAGGAAGAGUAGGGGAACCAAGAGAAAGUUUACCUCAAAGCUAGGUCUUGACAGUACAGCCGGGGAGCAAGAGAAUAUAGCCUGUGAGGUAAAGAAUUGCGAGAAUAUAUGUUCUUUAUGUUGGUGUCUGUGUGUGCAGCAUAUUGGUGGCUUUGUCUGA